CGGGAAAAGGCACCAUGACCGACGCCGCGCGGGACGCUUGGCUCCGGCACCAAGCAGAGAAGAUCCAAAACAGCGUCGUAAACGUCCACGAAGCACUGUCCUCUAGUCCAUCCAUCUACUUUGGCACACGGCGAUGUACUUAUAGCGACGUCGUGUCGAUCGUCACUACCACAAGGCCAUGUGCCAAGUCAAAAGCCAGCGACUCGCCGCUGCAUAAAGCCACCGCCCUGCCCUAUGCCCAUGUAGAUAACUUCCUCGAUCCCCUAUUCGUGUCACCCUUGCAAAACACACUAGAACGACGAACCGACCAGCUUGAGCGGCACAAAAAGGCCCUUGUAUCGGAAAAGCAUGCGUUCAUGGCGAAUCUCGAGGAUAAACGCUUUGAUCGCCAUAGAGUGGAGUACGGCGCUGCCAGCGUCAUCCAACGAACGUACCGCGGUCACUCGCUGCGGAAAAACUUUGGCAAUGUCAAGAAGACGCUGCUCAUUCGCAACAAAGUGCGCGCCGCCAUGAAGGACGUCGCCACGGGCACGGGACUCAUCCUUGGAGAAAAGGAUCGGUACCGAGCCAAGGUGCGCGAGCAGACCGCCGCGGCCGUGGUGAUCCAGCGCCGCUUUCGCCAGUUGCUGGCGACGAUGGUGGUGGCCAAGGAAAGGCAAAUGGUUGCAGAGGAACGACAGCACAACAGUGUGAGGACCAUCCAAGCCAUGGUGCGCCGGAAGUUGGCCCUCGCCUUCGUUCGGAAGGUCCGCGUUCGUCUUGUCGAAUCCCUCGCGAUGCACUUGGCUCUGGAGGCCCAACGACUGUAUCGGGGAUAUGUUGGUCGCGGGGUGGCCCGCAGUCGGCGCCUCGCGGUGCAGUAUGCCGCCGUCCGGCUCAUCCAGAAUGUAUUUACGCGAAGUCUGGCUGCAAAAGCUUGGGCCGCAGAGUCCAACCGGUCUCGCGACACCCGGCGGGAUCGGGCGGCAAUGAUCGUUCAGCGGUGUUUCCGGGGUUCCAUGGGGCGACAGCGAGUGCGCCGUCUGCGCUCUGUGGAAGCGCAUCAAAUCGCACUGGCAGCCGCGCUGUCCAUCCAACGUGUGUUCCGCGGUCGCCUCGGUCGGUUUGUCAGCACGAGUCGCGCAUGGUGGCGGCGGGACGAGGUGACGUUCAUGUCGUCGAUCGAAAUCACUCGCAUCGUCCGGGGGUUCCUCGGCCGAUGCCACGCCAAGCAGACGCGACUGGAACAAGAAACCAACGUGUUUGUGUACACCCGCAAGGGUUGCAAGGAGAUCGUCGUCGACCUUUUGGACGGGUGUGGACUCGACGCCCCGUUGGACCCGAACGGCGUCGAUGGCCACGGCAAUACAGUGCUCGCAGUGGCGAGUCGAUGGGGCCACCUAGGCAUUGUCCGGUCUGUGAUCGGUCGCAUCAAGCUAAACGUGGAGAAUCACCAAGGGUACACGGCGAUUAUGCUGGCCGUCAAGUACAAUCAUGCUGAUGUGGCCGAGUACUUGCUCACAAAAGCCCCUGCACUCGCAACCACUGGUCGGUCACUCCUGCACGAAGCGGCGCGGAACGGCAUGGUGUCGACGGCGGAGAAGUUGAUCUUGUACGGCAUGGCCGUCAACUACCAAGACAACGAGUACCUACGCACGCCCCUCCACGAAGCAAUCCUGGGCGGCCACGCCCCCAUGAUCCAGUUGCUCGUGGACCAAAGUCCCAAAGCAUCGUUGAACUACCAAGAUGCGAGAGGUGCGACGGCAUUGCAUUACGCUUCCAAGAAGGGCGAUCGUGGCGCCGUGCGGAGUCUAUUGCAUGCAGAAGCAGAUGUGGCAGUAUUAGAUAAGAAGAACCAGACAGCGUGGCGAGUGGCCAUGUCCAACGGCCACGAGGCCAUUGCAGGGGACAUCCGAAAGAAGUGGGGCCUCAUGGAUCAAAACGAAGAUGCGGCCGUGCUAAACGGCGGCGGCGACGAAGGCGACGAAGAAGCGACUGCCGUCUUGACGGUCGACGACCCCCUCAACAACAUUGAGCACCUGCUGGAACAGGGAGACAUGGAGAUUGAUGACCGGGAUGAUGACGGAUACACCCUUCUCAUGAAGGGAGCGAUGCGGGGCUUUUACACUGUCGUGCGCUUUUGCCUUCGCCACGGUGCCACAAUUGACCUGGUCGACCGAGCUGGACGGACAGCGUUGAUGCACGCGGUGGCCCACAGUGACAUUGCGCUGCACUUGGUGGACCAAGGCGCGAACUUGCUCCAUGCAGAUGACCGAGGACGUACAGUCAUCCACGAUGCUGCUAUGCACGGAUACACCUUCAGCGAGUACAUUGCCGUCCAUCGUGUCCACUUGGACAUCAAAGACCACCUCGGGUGCACACCACUACACGAAGCCGCCAAAGUAGGCAGUGACGUCGGGGCCAAGAAACUGCUUAAUCUCGGCGCGCAUGUGAGUUGUGUGGAUUCCGACCACCGCAGCCCCAUCCACUACGCAGUUCGGGGAGCAUUCCCCCCCACUACACUGCGCGUCCUGCUCAACGCUGAAGCCCCCGCAUUAUUUCUUCGCGACCGGCUGGGCCGCACGGCGUUGUUUGAGGCCGUCGUGGCUGGAAACGUGCCGUGUUUGGCGAUGCUCGUGGCUCAAGGGGGAAGUUUGGGGGACAAAGACCACGAAGAGAUGUCCCUGCUGCAUGUUGCCAUCCUCGCCAAGCAGAAUGCAUCUGUGGAAUUCCUUGUAAACUUGAUGACCGACGCGGAACUUUUAGCGACCAACAAGACGUUGGACACGCCGUUGCAUACUGCAUGUCGGACGGGCUACAUCUACGGUGUGGACCUGCUUCUAAAAAAGGCCGGCAGUGUGCUCGUUACCAAGGUGAACGGCCUGGGCGAAUCGCCUGUGCACACGGCGACGAAAGUUUCCAACGUGGCAGUUCUAGAACUGCUUCGCCAGCUGGGCUACGAACUGACGAUGGUUGAAAGAGAGACAGGGGCGACCCUGCUCCACUUGGCCGCAGAAAUCGACACUGAUGUGUUGGACCCAAAGAUAUUCCCAACGUUGUUGAGCGCGGGGGUGUCUGUGACAGCUUACGACAAGAAAGGAUGGCAGCCCUUGCACAUUGCGUCGGCGCGAGCCAAAGGGGCAGGAGCGAUACGUGCUUUGCUGGCAAACGGAGCUCCUGUGAAUGCACCGUCGAAAGUCACCAAUAUGACGCCGUUCCAUUGCGCAGCUCAAAUGGGCAUUGCGGAAAAUGUCCAGCUACUCAAAGAGAGCGGGGGACGAUAAGCCUAUCCACCACACGACUAAUUUAAGGCAUUGACCACUAUAUACG